AUGAACUCUCUCGAAUCACUUCAUAUUAGUGGCACACCAUCAGAUAUACUUAUUCCAGUUCUUAUUAAAUUAGCUGGCUUACCUCGUCUUUUUUCGUUAUCUAUUUGUACAUUUAAAACUUUUAAACAUCUACAUGAGAUUUAUCAAUUAAUACUAGCUUUACCUAAUUUAAAGUCAAGCAAAAUUUCUGGUUAUUCGAACAAAAGCUUGAUUCAACUUCCGAUGGCUACCAAUGAACAACGAAGUACUAUUGAAUAUUUUUCUACUGAUCAUCAUUUAACUCUCAAGCAACGUGUUGCUUUUUUGUCUUAUACACCUCAACUUCGUCGUCUGUAUCAUGCUCACACAGAUUUAGAUACGAAUUUUUGUGGAAAAUUUUGA